CGCCCGCCAUUUUCUCGCUGUGGAUGGCGGCGUCAGGGAGGCCGCAGCGGCCACUGCCCGGCGCGGGGUCGCGGUGAGGCGACUCCGGGGCGGCCUCUUCCUUCUCCUCCUCCUCCGGUUUUCGAGCGGCGACUUCUUCGGGCCAUGUACACCGGCCGGGCGAGCGGGGCCGAGGCCUCGGCGGCGCCUGCCGGACGGUCGGUGGGAACGCUCCCGUUAGCGGCGGCGGCGGCUUCGCCCAGCGGCCCCAGCGGCGGCGAAGGCGGGAGCGGCGGAGGCGGCGGCGGGGUGGUCGUCGGUGGCCGCGUGGAGCUGCUAGUCUUCGGCUACGCCUGCAAGCUGUUCCGCGAUGACGAGAAGGCGCUCCAGCAGGAACAAGGCCGCCACCUGAUCCCCUGGAUGGGCGAGGCCUCCAUCAUGAUCGAUAGAUAUGAUGGGCGUGGCCACUUGCACGAUCUUUCCGAAUACGACGCCGAAUAUUCCACCUGGAACAGAGAUUACCAUUUGUCUGAAGAGGAAGCUCGAAUCGAAGCUCUCUGUGAUGAAGAGAGGUAUUUAGCCUUGCGUACAGACUUGCUUGAGGAAGAGGCAAGGCAAGAGGAAGAAUAUAAGAGGCUGAGCGAAGCUUUGGCUGAAGAUGGGUCCUAUAAUGCAGUGGGAUUUACCUACAGUAGUGAUUAUUAUGAUCCCUCAGAACCCACUGAGGAAGAAGAACAUCCGUUCAAGGCCAAAGUGGCUGUAACCAAGGCCGAAAGCGUAGAAGAAAACGAAGAGCCCUUUAUCGCCCCUUUGGGAUUGAGUGUACCUUCCGAUGUGGAACUGCCUCCCACGGCCAAAAUGCACGCCAUCAUCGAACGGACGGCGAAUUUCGUCUGCAAGCAGGGAGUCCAAUUUGAGAUUAUGCUGAAAGCAAAACAGGCUCGUAACUCCCAAUUCGAUUUCCUUCGGUUUGAUCACUACCUCAAUCCUUACUACAAAUUUAUUCAGAAAGCCAUGAAGGAAGGGCGCUACGCUACUUCUUCGGAGAAGAAAAAAGAGGAGGAAAAAAAUGCAAUGGAAGAUGACGAUGAUGAUGACGAUGACGACAACGAAGGCAAUUAUCUGCAUCCCAGCCUUUUCGCUUCUAAGAAACGGAGCAGGCUAGAAGAGCUGAUGAAGCCGCUGAAGGUGGUGGAUCCUGAUCACCCGUUGGCAGCCCUUGUUCGCAAAGCCCAAGCCGAAAACGCCAGUGCUGCGUCUCAGGCGGGUGAAGGCACAACCGCUCCGUCGUCCCAAAUGGAAUAUUCUUCCGAUCCAACAAUGGCAGCCAUGUACUACAGCUAUUACAUGCUGCCCGAUGGAACGUACUGCCUCGCCCCACCGCCGCCAGGGAUUGACAUGGCUACUUACUACAGCGCCUUGCCAGCGGGUGUGACGGUGUCAAGCACCACUGGCGUAGCCACCAUCACAGCGCCUCCGCCUCCCGGCACGACGCCACCACCAUCGUCUUUGGAAGCCAGUGAAGACACGAGUGGCGCAUUACCUGGCACAAGCACUUCAGCGAGCUCAAUUCCUCCAGUGGUUGCCGUCAUUCCUCCACCUCCAGAUAUCCAACCUGUAAUUGACAAGCUAGCUGAGUAUGUUGCGAGAAAUGGGAUUAAAUUUGAAACCAGCGUUCGUGCCAAGAAUGAUCCGAGAUUCGAAUUUCUGCAGCCUUGGCACCAGUACAACGCCUACUACGAAUUUAAGAAACAGUUCUUCCUUCAGAAAGAGGCCAGUGACAGCUCAAAGCAGGUCGCCUCUUUGUCGGAGGACGUCUCUACCGACGCGCCCACCGCGGCACCUGGAGAGACCGAGUUUCCUGCUGAGCAGAGUCCUGAAGACGCCGAUUCAGCGGCUCAAGGAAAUAGUGCAAAGGACCCAGCUGCCAUCAAAAUUAGCAACGAUGGCAAACUGAUAAAGGUGUCAUUUGCACCCAUCAGCUUUGCAAUCCGGGCCAAAGAAAACGACAUGCUCCCCUUGGAGAAGAACCGGGUGAAGCUGGACGACGAUACCGACGAGGAGGAGGAAGAAGGCAAAGAGGGCCAGGAGAACGCCAGCAGCAGCUCCACCAGCGCCACCCUCCUUACCCCUUCCGGCAGCGCCCCGGAAGAAAAAAAGCCCCAGCUGACCCAGGAAGAGCUGGAAGCCAAGCAAGCAAAACAGAAGUUAGAAGACCGGUUGGCAGCUGCAGCAAGAGAAAAACUUGCCCAGGCUUCCAAAGAAUCGAAAGAGAAACAGCUUCAAGCAGAACGAAAGAGAAAAGCCGCCCUCUUUUUGCAGAAUCUGAAGAAUCCGCUGGCAGACAUGGAAGUCGAAAAAAUGGAGGAAAGUGCCUUUAAUAUGGAGAAACCUAAAGAUCCUCAAAAUCCUUCCAGGGUGAAUUUAAUUUUCCCCUGUCGCCCAUUCAGGUCCCGCUCAAGAUCACCAAGAAGACGGGCACACACACCCGAAAGGCAUCGGGAAGAAAGGAGUGUCCCGACUGCCUAUCGUGUGAGCAACAGCCCAGGCAUCAGCAGACGACGCACCCGUUCCAGAAGCCCGCACGAAAAGAAGAAGAGGCGGUCGCACUGUCACGUCAAGUCCAAAGCGAGGUCCCACUCACCUUCCGUCUCGCCGGGGAAACAACCCGCCCAUAAGAAUUCCAGUCACUCGGCCAGCAUCUCUCCCGUGGAGAGUCGAGGAUCCAGCCAAGAGCGUUCUGGGGGAGUGCCUCUGGAAAAAGAAGGCCAGAUCUCUUCUGCCAUUGUGUCGUCCGUUCAGAGUAAAAUCACUCAGGAUCUUAUGGCCAAGGUGAGGGCGAUGCUUGCAGCUUCUAAAAAUAUUUCAACCAGUGCCUCUUGAGACGGAAAGAUGGAAGCUCUAGAAGGAACAGAAAGUCCUCGUUAGCUGCAGGGGAAAAGAGUCUUCUUGCAACAGUGCUGAGUUGCAAAACUUCCUUUGCAGGAAAAAGCAGCUGUGGGAAGAGGGAGCCUUUGUAAAUUAUGUUCUGAUUGGUUUCUCAGUAAGAAUUUUACAACAAGCGGUGCCUGUAUAUUUGUAAAUACGACAUUCCGGAGAGUGUUACACAAAUAAAUAUGCAGAGAAAUCCUUUUUAUUAGCUAAA